GACGGAGCCAUCGUCGGUUUUUAAUUAUUACUAUUGCUGUUGCUGCUGCUAUUAUCCCGGUCUAUCGUCCAUCGGACGCCACAACAAGUUUCGUCAUCCUUCGAAGAAAGAAGAAAGAGGAAGAAAGAGAGAAGCCCAAUGGCCGGAAUGUGCGCUCGCGCGAGUCUGCCGGCGCGCUCUGCACCCCGUGCGACUAGGCUCUCCGCGGCCGCCUGUGCCGUCUUCUUCUCUCUUCUCGUUCUUUUCGGCGCCACCACGACUCGGGCCGAUCCGGAUGUUGUCUUCCUCACCACCGCCACGGCAGCUCUCGUGAGCGACCCCAACUUUCUCAAGACGGCCUGCGUGGAUAUGUCAUGGAACGCGUCGGCGCUGAUCAGCCAGGCCACGGACUCGUUCGCUGGUCUGCAGGCGGCGAUGGCGGCCGCUGCGGUGCCCUACGCCUAUGUCAGCGCGACGAUGGACACGUCGUCUUCCAACGCGUGGCUGUGGCGCACCGGCGGUGACCUCAGCGCAUUUGGCGGCAUCGUCACGGCCGGUAAAUGGGCCGCCGGCUACCCCCAGAACACCUCCACCAUGCCUUACGCCGUGUACAGCGCGGACCUCGGCGCUCUCAUGAACGUCAACGGCACCGCGUCCUACCCCGCUGCGUGCAUGUACGACUACUACGUGGCUCCCGAGGAGGUCCCCGCGGAGCAGGAGGAAAGCAAGAAGAGCAAGUUCCCGUGGUGGGCGAUCCUCAUCAUCGUCCUCGGCUCCGUCGUGGUCAUCGCGGUGGUCGUUACGGUGGUGCUGUGCUGCCGCGGCGGCUGCGGCUGUGGCAAGGAGGAAGGAGAUGACGUGAGUGGGUCGUCGGAGACUCGCUCUCGCGCGGGCGAGCACCACAGCAGCAGCGAGGAGGAGUCCGACAGCGUCAGCAGUCACUCGCAGCGCAGUAAUGGCGACGGCAGCAACCGCUCCUUCUCCACGGCGUCGGCGAAGCAGUCGCGCUCCCGCAGAGCCGAGGGCAGGACGGAGUAA